AUGGCAGAGGAAUUACAGAAGGUUCACUUGUAUUAUGACGAUAUUAAUAAAAUUCGAGUGAUUGAAAGUCAUGUCCUCAAGGAAACCGAGGAUUUAAAAGAUACAUGUAAGGACUAUGAUACGAAAAUUCAAGAUUUUGGUAAACUUAUCAAUUCGUUGUUGGAGGUGUUAAAAGAACUUGGAGAUAAUGUAGAGAAGAAGAAAAUGGCCGCAAUUGGUUCCAUGAACCUUUUAAAGUCUAUUUCCAAGGAAAGAGAAUCAGAACAAGCCAAAUUGCAGGCGGAGAUCAACGACAAGACUAUGAUAUUGGAACAACUUGACAGUGAAUAUGACGCUCUUCAGAUAUUAGAGGCUACACAAAUGGAAACAAUAGAAUAUCUGACACAAAUAAGAUAG